UAGCGCGGAUUCCCGCCCUGCCCCGGGACGCCGCUUCGUGGCGGGAACCGGGCUGGUGUGUAGACUGAAGGCGCCGACUCUUAGGUUUGGUUGGGUCGGGUGACUUGGGGCUUCCUGGACCUGAUAGUCGCCGAAGGGGAAACGUAGCGAAGAAAUUGUCAUCCUCUCACCCUUUCCCUCUCCCGGAAACCCCAGGAACGAGCCGGCUCCUACCGCGCCUGGGAGACGAGCGGCUGAAAGGCCCAGGCAGUGCCCGAACUCGCGGCGGCGGCGGGACCUAACAGGGUGAAGUAACCAUGCAGGCAUUUCUAAAAGGUGCAUCUAUCAGUACUAAACCACCAUUGGCCAAGGAUCGGGGAGUUGCUGCCUCUGCAGGACAUAGUGGAGAGAACAAGAAAGCCAAACCUGUGCCAUGGGUGGAAAAAUACCGCCCAAAAUGUGUGGAUGAAGUUGCUUUCCAGGAAGAAGUAGUUGCAGUUUUGAAAAAGUCUUUAGAAGGAGCUGAUCUACCCAAUCUCUUAUUUUAUGGGCCACCUGGAACUGGUAAAACAUCCACUAUUUUGGCAGCAGCCAGGGAACUCUUUGGGCCUGAACUUUUUCGAUUAAGAGUUCUUGAGUUAAAUGCAUCUGAUGAACGUGGAAUACAAGUAGUUAGAGAAAAAGUGAAAAAUUUUGCGCAAUUAACUGUGUCAGGAAGUCGUUCAGAUGGGAAACCAUGUCCUCCUUUUAAGAUUGUGAUUCUGGAUGAAGCAGAUUCUAUGACUUCAGCCGCUCAGGCAGCUUUAAGACGUACCAUGGAGAAAGAGUCUAAAACCACCCGAUUCUGUCUCAUCUGUAACUAUGUCAGUCGAAUAAUUGAACCCCUGACAUCUAGAUGUUCUAAAUUCCGCUUCAAACCUCUGUCAGAUAAAAUUCAACAGCAGCGAUUACUAGACAUCGCCAAUAAAGAAGAAGUCAAAAUUAGCAAUGAGGGAAUAACUUACCUUGUUAAAGUGUCAGAAGGAGACUUAAGAAAGGCCAUCACAUUUCUUCAAAGUGCUACUCGAUUAACAGGUGGAAAAGAGGUCACAAAGAAAGUGAUCACAGACAUUGCUGGGGUAAUACCAGCUGAGACAAUUAGUGGAAUAUUUGCUGCCUGUCAGAGUGGAUCUUUUGACAAACUAGAAGCUGUGGUAAAGGACUUAAUUGAUGAAGGUCAUGCAGCAACUCAGCUUGUAAAUCAACUACAUGAUGUGGUUGUAGAAAAUGACCUUUCUGAUAAACAGAAGUCCAUCAUAACAGAAAAACUUGCUGAAGUAGAUAAAUGCUUAGCAGACGGGGCUGAUGAGCACCUGCAAUUGACCAGUCUGUGUGCUACUGUGAUGCAGCAGUUAACCCAGAAUUGUUAACCGUAUUCAGCUUUCCUUUGUGAAUUACUUUCUGCUGAGAAUAAAAGUGACCAAACCACCUUUAAAGUGAAUAUACAAUUUAUUUAACAUUC